AUGCGCACAUUUCUAAUAUUUUGUAUAUUUCUGGGCAGCGCCUGCGCCGAUUACUAUACGGCCACUAGUGAUCUGGAAGUGCUUUUCGCGGCUGAAAACAUUUUAGUGGAAAAAUUCGAUGACUAUUUAAAUAAGGUGGAACAAAAGCAAACAGAAAUAAAAGAAUUUUUGAACUACGUGGACGCCUUGCAGGCCGAAAUGUCGGAUCCCGAGGCGUAUCACGGUAAUCCGCUGAACGCAAUUGUAACCAUAAGGCGAUUUGUCUAUCAAUGGAAGCAUGAUGUGUUGGAAAAGAUAUUCUCCACGCAGGAUUAUGACGAUUACAAAAUAACGAUAGCCAAUGAGUUGCAGCAGCUCAAUAUAACAAUGCCCACUCAGGAUGAUAUUUUGGGCGCCGGCAGUGGACUAUUACGUCUGCAAGAGACCUACAAACUGUCCACGUCUGAGCUCGCCGAUGGCAAAAUACUGGACAGGCAGACGGAGGCGGAACUGAGUGCCAGCGAUUGCUACGAGAUGGGUCGCAAUGCCCACGAGCUGAAUCAGCACCAGUAUGCAGUGGAGUGGCUACUACAGGCGCGUUCCUUAAACCAGCACCCAGAAAAUAUUACCCAAGUGAGCGAUUUACAGAUCUUGGAACUAUUGGCGCCAGCUCUGAACCGAACGGGCAACCUCAAGCUGGCCCACAUGCUAAAUAGUGAAAUUUUGAAACAACAGCCCGCCCAUGAGGCGGCCAUAAGGGAUAAUAUCUAUUAUCUGCACGAAAUGUUGCGCCAGCGCCACAUUCUCACUGCGCCUCAAGAGGAUCAAGGGGAGGAUGGGAAGAGAAGCGAGGAGAAGCCCUCGAAACCGGAUAAGUAUGAGCUUUACAGGCGCACCUGCCGCGGUGAGUUGCGUCCGACGGCGCGUCAGCAGCGCAACCUUCGGUGCCGCUACACCGACAAUAAUGUCCCCUUCCGUCGCCUGGCCCCAUUCAAGAUGGAGCUGCUGAGCGAGGAUCCCUUUGUGGCCUAUUACCAUAAUGCGAUGCACGAAAGCGAAAUGGAACAGCUGCAGGAUGUGGGCUUUGGCAAUCUAAAGCGAACGCGUGUGGGCCAAAAUUCGACAGCAGCCACAUCGUCUAUUCGCAAUAGCAAGGGCAUCUGGUUGUGGUAUGAGAAGAACAGUUGGCUGGCAAGCAUCUACCAGCGAUUGGAGGAUAUUACGGGCCUGAGCAUGGAGAGCGGCGAGGCUCUGCAGCUGGCCAAUUACGGCAUAGGCGGGCAAUACGAACCACACUACGAUUACAUGUCCAGCCCAACAAAUGACUGGAAAGGGAAUCGCAUUCUGACAGCACUUUUCUAUAUAAAUGAUGUCGAUAUGGGCGGUGGCACAGCCUUUCCCUACCUGCCACUCCUGGUGAAUCCUGUUAAGGGCAGUGUGGUGGUUUGGUAUAAUAUGCAUUCGUCCACAGAGAAGGACUUUCGCGUCCUGCAUGCCGGCUGUCCAGUGCUAAAGGGAUCUAAGUGGAUCUGCAAUGAAUGGAUGCAUGAAGGUGGUCAGGAAUUCCGAAGACCGUGUGGUCUGGCGCCGGAGCGCACCAAGUCGGCUGCCUACGAAGCGUAGACGGAGAAAUCCAAG